AUGCCGCCGGGGACCCCUCUGCCGUCGACGGGGGCGUGGACCUGGGAGAACGCCGUCGCCGGAGCGACCGCCGGCUUCGCCACCGUCGCCACCUUCCACCCGCUCGACGUCGUCCGCACCCGCUUCCAAGUGAGCGGCGGGAGAGGGUUGUCCGACUUGCCGCCGUACAGGAACACGGGACACGCUGUAUACACCAUCGCACGAUCUGAGGGCCUGAGGGGACUUUAUGCCGGCUUUUAUCCUGCAGUUCUGGGGUCAACCGUUUCUUGGGGGCUAUAUUUCUUUUUUUAUAACAGAGCUAAACAAAGAUACUUGCAGGAGAAGGAUGUUCAGCUCCGUCCAUUCGACCAUCUUGCCUCAGCUGCAGAAGCAGGUGCUUUGGUUUGCCUGUUUACAAAUCCCAUAUGGCUGGUGAAAACACGGAUGCAACUACAAACACCUGGGCAUACUUCAUCUUAUUCUGGAUUUUCUGCAGAUGCUUUGAGAACUAUUCGGAAAGAGGAGGGAUGGCGAGCACUUUAUAGAGGGAUCGGGCCUGGACUUUUGCUGGUCACCCAUGGCGCGAUACAAUUCACUGCCUAUGAGGAACUUCGCAAGGCUAUGAUAUCUGCGAAAAGUAAACAAACAAGGGGAGAUGACAAAGGCAGCGAGGAUUUAUUGAACUCCGUUGAUUAUGCGGCACUUGGCGCUGGUUCAAAAUUAUCUGCUAUUCUGCUUACUUAUCCUUAUCAGGUUAUCCGAGCCCGCUUACAGCAACGACCUGGUAGUGAUGGUAUCCCAAAGUACUCAGAUAGUUGGCAUGUAGUGAAGGAAGCUGCAAGGUACGAAGGUGUCCGUGGGUUUUACAGGGGCAUCACUUCCAACCUAUUGAAGAACCUUCCAGCAGCUUCCGUGACGUUUGUGGUGUAUGAAAACGUUAUCAAACUAUUCAGAGCAGCCAAGGAGAAGACGUAA